AGAAGGGCCACCUAUUCUUCUUCACCUCCAUCCUGCCCCUCUUGCCUUCUCGUUUAGGGUUUUCUUCUUCGCUCAUAAAGCAGAUCGGCUAGGAGAAUCGAAGCGUAGGAGAGAGGGCCGCGGAGGAAGGGCGAUGGCGACCAGGAUGUCAAAGGAGGAGCUGGCGGCGUAUCAGCCGAGGCCGGGGGUGCGCUGUGAGAAGGCGGCGGCGGAAUUCUUGGCGAGGAGGAAGAAGGAGAUGGAGUCAGAGCCCGAGGAGUCCCGCACCGACCUGAACGCGUACGAAGCAGGCCUCUACCGUGUUUUCUGGGAGCAGAUGUUCGGCAAGGACGGCGGCUCCUACGAGGACAUCACGAUGAUCCCUCCCAUGGCUUUCACUGAUCGCGGCUGCAAGUUUGCCGACCUUCAGUCCACUAUACAGAUUUUUUCCAUCAAAGUCAAGGAGACAACAGGAGGGUUGAAGUGGCCGUUGGAUGUCUACGGUAUGGUCGCUGUCCGUGAUGUGGUCGAUCACAACCUAAAUGUGAUAUUCCAUCGUGAGAGGGAUAACUGCCAAAUCAUUACCACAGAGGAUCCAUAUCUGGCACUAACAGGUCCUACCCGAGCUGUUGUGGUGUCUGUUCAUCCUAUAUACUUUGAUGUGGACCUUAAAGUGAAAGGUGACACAAAGUCUGAAGACAAAGAUCUAAGCUUUCUAGCAGCCUGUUACAGCAGUAACGGCCCAUGGGGAUCCUGCUUGUUUGAUCGUGCUUGGACCAGCAAGCUCAGCACUCUAAAGUUUACAUUCGGCCACUUGGUUCACUCGGUGGAGGCCACAGUGAGUGUGAAACUCAUUGGAGGGACGUGGCCCCAUGGUUAUCGAGGCGUCUUUACUGCAGAGACCUCCGGUAUUCCCGGAAAGGCCAUGUUGCUGCUCGAUUCUUAUGAUGGCAAACUGCCCAUGGAUGUUGAUGGUCGGGUGAAGCUUUCGCGUCGCGUUGUUUGCGUUGAGUAUGUUCAGCCUUUGGAUGAGCUUGGUAGGGCUAAUCUAAGAGUUUCGGUGGAGGCAGUGUACAUCAAAGGGAAGGAUAAUGAUGAAAAUGUCAAAGGGAAGAAAGAUAAUGUGAAGUUUGGGGUUGAUUUUUUGCCCAAGAAAAGGGGUAGAAGCCGGCAAAUGAUAGAAAUUCUCUCGUGUGAGAUGGAAGUAAAUGUUGUGUGGUCUCUUAUGUCGACCUUCAAGAGCAGCUAUAAGAAGGCCAUUGCAAGUCACCUGGAGAGUCUAAGUUUGAUUUAGAUGCUGGAGAUUUAGUGGUUGUUGGAAGUUAGCUGUGAGAAGUAACUAUCUGUUGGAAGUUAUGUUUGUCAUAUCUAUCUUAUGAUGUGGCAUGUAUAUAUGCACUUAUUAACCUAGUAGUGUGGUGGUUGUUUAAUUGAUCCAGUUGGCAGCUCAUUCUCUCUCUUUUUUUUUUGUUUAAUUGAUCCAGUUGGCAGCUCAUUCUCUUAUCCCUAUAGUAGUUAAAUGUGUUGUACCGACUAAGCUGAACUAUGUUGGAGUGGUAACUAAGGAUGUUGUGUUUCUUAUG